CCUGUUGACACCGGAAUAUUGUGAAUGGGCAGGGAACGCAAACGCGACCCUUCUUCAUUUUCCUUUAACUUUCCUUCCCUCCCAACUGGUUGUAUGGGUGCGCCUCUCUCUCCUCCCAAACCUGCGUCCUGCUGAGCUUGCAGGGAAGGGGAGGAGAGAAAAGGCCCAAAGAGGAUCCUCCACGCCUAGGCUUAAACUUCAGAGAAGGGGGAGGCGGAGUGAAAAGAAGCGAGAUUUGCAGGGAGUUGCCGGCUGCCGGAGCAGAGGAGAAGAGAGGUGUAGGUGCAGAGUGGGGCGGCUCGGGAGGGCUUCUCUGCUCCGGGAACCGCAGCGUGGCUCAGCUCCAGCGCUGGGGCGUUCGCUGCUCACUCACUGAGCGAGACAAAGAACCCCCCCAGUCGCGCGCGCUCGGGCAUGGGGGCGCCUGCUUUCUAAAUGCCCCCUCCUGCACCCCUCGCUGAUGGCUGAAGCCUGGAGGCUGGAGGACGAGGAAGAGGAGCUGAGGGAGUUCAGCAGAAGGCACAGAAGGGGGAACCUGAACUCUGCAGCCGAUCGCUCUGAAAGAAAUAAACCAGACUACCGUUCCUCAGGCCAAGGACCCCUGUCAUCCAUUAGAGCAGCAAUCAAGAGAACUUCUCGGACUUCUUCUCAUACCGAACAUCAGAGAGAUAGAAGACGUCCUGAGAUUACAAUAGUUGCUGCUGAGCCUCUCAGACCAUCCUCCUGGUUCCCAGGUGGAAAUGUCACUCCACAAGGAUUAGGAUUCCCUCCUCCUUCCCAGACUAACUGGAGGACAAAUGAGCUUGUUCCAGCUGAGCUUCCACCAUCUUAUGAGCAGGUGAUAAAAGAAAUUAACCAAGUGCAAGUCAAUACAACAAAUAACAAUAAUGCUGCUGCUGCUUCUAGAUGCACUGCUACGUGUGCAACACAGACUGACUUUCCAGAGGAAAUAAUCAGCCAUUUGCCAAGAAGUAAUGUAAAAAACAACCUACCUACUCUCUGUAAAUCUGAAAUUGUUCCAGUGCAACGUCCUCUCAAACCUCCCAGACCUCUCUUAAAUAGCAAUCCUUCAGAAAAUGAGGCUCCCUUAGUUGUCUCUGAAGCGCCUGAAGAAUGGAAGUGCCAAGAAAAUUCCAGUAAUGUGACAGGUCCACUGCCAAAACCAAGAUCAAAAGGCAAUCUCAAACCUGUGGUCAGAGAUAGUCAAAGCCAAUCACAAGACAAUCAGGAAGAAGUGAGCCAGCCUCAAGCUGAAAGGGAGCCAUCUCCAAGUCAGCCAGUGUCCCUCUUAGAUAAUAGCUUAUUGGACAGUCACAUGGUGAUGAACAGUAUGAGUACAGAAAAAAGCCAAAAUAGUAUUGGUUCAAGGAUCAAAGCGUUUGAAUCCCAAGCAAAUUCUGAUAUCUCAGGAUUAUCAAAGAAACCAGAAGUUGCUCCACGGUCAUUUGUCCCAAGACCAACUGUUUCUGCAAAGAAGCCAAUAAUAGCUCCAAAACCAGAGCUAGGGGCCAGGAGAGCUUCGGGAGAGUCGGCUUCAUGGACAGAAAACACACACAAAGCUACAUCCAGGAAAUGGCACUCUCAACCUCAAGAAGCUGGGAGUAAUGUCAUAACCAAACCUGAAUUGCCAAAGAAACCAAAACCUGGCCUUGUAAAAAGUACUAGUAAUGAUUUGCUUGAUGCAAGGAAUGGGUCAACUUCAGAGAACAAUGAUGGACAGAAGAAAUUCCCAGUUCCUGCUCCAAGGCCACUCAUUCCCAAAAAGUCUCUUUCUGUAGAAAGUCCUGCCCCUCAUUUGACCUUACUAAAACCAAUCAUCACUGCUCCCAGUCUCUCGGUAACUUCUCAAGCAACAGCUUUCAAGUCCCUGAGAGAGUCAUCGGCUCCAACCAACCUCUCAACAUGUACUUUGCAAAGUAAACCAGCUGAGGAAGGAGAUCUUAUCAGUUUUGAUGAUGACUUUUUGCCCCCUAGUUCAGUUAGUGCAGUUCAAGAAUGUACCAGUUCUGAAGCAGAUCCCUUUCAAUUCCCUUCCAAAAAUGAGCCUGCAAAGGAACAGACAGUUCAACCAGCUAUAGCACGAAAGCCUACCGUGAUCAGAAUCCCAUCUAAAUCAGGGAAAUCUUUAAAUGAAGUUCCACAUAUCCCUCCACCUCUUCCUGCUGAAAAACCAAUUGGGAACACCUCUGGGAUUGUUGCUGGAAAGCCUAGUAAUGCGAAACAAACAAGAAAAAGGGAAUCUGAACAUUCAGAUCCAACAGGUACUUCUUGGACAGAGCCUGUGCUGCCCCCUAGGUCUGUGGAUGGAAAAAUUUUACCAGCUCGACUGCCUCCACCUAAAGCCAUUCCUGGAAGGCCACCUCCACCAAAACACUUUGGAACCAAGACCUCUUCCCAAAAGGACCCUUUUUGCCGAUCCUCGUCUGACCUGACACUCCAUAAAAGACAUGACAUGUUUGGAAUGGGAGUCAAGAGAGCAAAGAGUCAAGUUUUAAAAAAUCAAGACCCAGCAUUACCACCUCGACCUAAACCAGGGCACACUCUCUACAAUAAAUACAUGCUGCCUGUGCCUCAUGGAAUUGUCAAGGAAGAUUUCUCUUCUAGAAACCCUGGAGACCUCAGCUGCAAGCAUGGGGAUGUUCUUGUGCUGCUGGAGCAGAUUGACAGCAAUUACUUCAAGUGCCAAAAGGGAGGGGAAACCGGCAAAGUGCACUUGUCUCAUAUGAAGAUAAUCACCCGCCUAGAUGAGCGUCUGAAAAGCAAGCAAAAGGAUUCAAACAAUAUUCAGAGGGUUUCUGACAAAAGUGCUCCUCAUGCUGUAGUGCUGCAUGAUUUUCCAGCAGAGCAUGCUGAUGAUUUGGACCUCCAUUCUGGAGAGACUGUUUAUCUUCUGGAGAAAAUAGAUAAUGAGUGGUACAGAGGAAAACUCAGGAAUCGCACAGGGAUAUUUCCUGCCAACUUCGUUAAAGUGAUUAUUGAUGUUCCAGAGGAAGAGAACAGGAAAAAAGUAUUGUUUUCAUCGCCAUAUAUUAAGGGCCCAAGAUGCGUAGCUCGGUUUGAAUAUAUCGGAGACCAGAAAGAUGAACUAAGUUUUUCAGAAGGUGAAAUUAUUCUUCUUAAGGAAUAUGUAAAUGAAGAAUGGGCCAGUGGAGAGCUGAAAGGCACAUCUGGAAUUUUCCCCUUGAACUUUGUGGAAAUUAUUGAAGAUCUGCCUGGAUUAGGUGUAGGAGCACCACUGAAGAACAAGACGGAGAGUUCUGCUUGUCUUUCUCAGACUGAUAGACAUUCUGGAGAGUGGUGUGAAGCGCUUCAUGAUUUUACAGCAGAAACCAAUGAAGAUUUAUCCUUUAAAAAGGGAGACUACAUCCAGAUAUUGGAGCAUGUGGACUCAGAGUGGUGCAGAGGGAGACUGGAUGAUAGCGAAGGCAUUUUCCCGGCAGUUUUUGUUCAGACCUGCUCAACUGGAGUAAAGACAGCACAGUCUCCAGGAUGCAGGAAAGGAAAAGCCAAGGCUUUAUAUGACUUCCAGGGAGAAAAUGAGGAUGAGCUCUCCUUCAAGGCAGGUGAUAUGAUAACAGAGUUGGAACCUGUAGAUGAAGACUGGAUGAGUGGAGAAGUACAAGGCAAAUCUGGAAUAUUUCCCAAGAACUUUGUUCAAGUUCUAUAGGCAUCAUAAGGAUGGAGCUCAGUUCUGUUCACUAGGCAUAUGGAAGCAAAUGCUUAUCUUAGCACAAAGGCACAUUAUACUUCAGCAGACAAAGAACUACCAUCUUUUUUGUCACUUGAGUUAAUACUUUGACUAUCAAAUAUGAUUUGCACUAUAGUCUCUAGAAAGAGAACCACAUCAUAUAUAAUAAUUUCCAGAAACACCAACAUUUGCUGUGACAACAAAACUUAGUCAUACUUUGUGAAUGUUCCACAUGAGCUAGCAAACAGAAUUUCCACAGGAUUUUUAAUAGUUUCCAGGUAGGGAAAUUAAAUGUGGUACAAUAUCUUACAAAUUAAGUGAACUGCAUUCUAGUAGUUGACCUGAUCUGGUAUUCAUUUAUCCUGCAUACAAUUUGCAUAAAUUAAGAUUGUUUAAUAGGCUUUUUAGAAAUGCAUUUAUUUUGCAGAUUAAGUAUUAUUUUAAAUAUAUAUAUAUAUAUACACACCACAUUUUUGAUUUUCAGAUUUCACUACUGCUUGAGUUAAUAUCCUCAUUAGCAAUAAAAAGCAGUUGUUUUAGGAUUGAGAGGAUAAAGGAUCGACACUUUGUAGAGUUUGUCAUUUCAUAUAGGGGAUACCAAAGUCUAACAAGCAGGAGGAUCAAAAGGCUAAGAAAACUUCACUCACUUAAUAGUUUCUCCAUCUUUGAAAGGGUUGAGUGAACAUGUGGAGUUCAAGGGUUUUGUACUGGAAGAGUUCAUAAAACUAGAAUGAACUCAAUCUUUUUUACUGAACAGUGAUUACGCCUGUCAGCCCCCAACACAUUUUUCUAGUUAAAGGGAAACCUGCUCUGUGCACCAGGGAAUAGAUGAAAAAUCACUAACAUUUAAAAACAAAAAACCCUCACCCUGUGGUUGGUUCAAGCUAGUGCCCCAGGAAGAGUGUUUUCCUAUUAGAGACUCUCAUAUUCACACCCUGAUCCAGUCUCUAGGUUUGUCUGUCAGUCUGCUUGCCUUUAAUUUAUUUUUUUUAAGAUAUUUUUUCCUUGUCAAUUUUAGUUUCCCUUACACAGAAACAAACCCAAUUCCAUUCCCAUUUCAGCUUAACAUUCAAACCUGACAGUGUUUGAAAUUAGCAAAAGAAGCUUACCUAUCCGUUCUAUAAACCCCCAGCACCUUUCACCCCGGCUGCCAUUCUUGUUUUGUUUCUUUCAGUUAAAUAGUUCAUUUUAAUAAGAAUACUUCACAGCCUUAUGUCUAUGAGUGAGAACAACUAAUUGAGGUAUCCACUGAAAAAGUUAUUUUCUAUAAAUCACCUAACUAACCUAAGAUGUAGCAUUAUAAAUCAUCUGUCAAGGCAUAAAGCAGCAGACACCAAGAGAAAUUAUCCUAACAGGCACAAAGUUUUUUGUUUUUGUUUUUUUAACAAAAACAAUGCAAAAGUAUACAAGUUAAAUUACAUAGACUAAAUAAGUCUGAUAUUAUACAUAUUUCCAGAUAAGAAUACCGCAUUCUGGAAACCAACACUUUCCAGAAUGUUUGACAAUAGCUCCAUAUUAAACAAAUUAAUUGUUAAUCCACCUCCCAUUCUGGGCUGAUGUGUACUGUAAAAAAACAAACGAAACAUUUAAUCUUCAUUAUAUUGCAGUUUGUUCUAUACGUGUUCCAUGGCAUCCUAUUUCCCACAUGAGCAACUGGCCUCUUUUUGUAUUCUCUGACGAACAAGGCAACUGAAUAAAGUGUGUGUGUACUAUAUCUGAGGAUUAAUAGGUGCAGGUGGCAAAUAAAAAAAGCCAGGCUUUUCAGAAUCUCUUCCCAUCAGAAAAGUACAGCAUAGGGUAAAAGUCAGAGCAUCAAGGUGUUGAUUCAGCAUUGAUCAUUUAAAGUUUGGAGACUAUGGAGAUCUUUUUAGCAAGUUCCAUCUUUAAUAUCUUGAUUUAAUGUUGAAAUCUAAUACAGGCCUCUCUACUACUAUCUCUCAUCCUACGAUGCUGCUUUCCCCCUGGGCUUAUAGAAAGGCUGCUCAGAUACUAUAGUAAUGGACUAUAAAAACCCUGAUAAAAUACAAUGGACAUUAGAAUCAAAACUUGCCUUUUUAGUUCAUGGAUGAAAAGGACAUUUUUAUUUUAUGUGCCCAAAAAGUAAAUUCUAAUUCCACUUAAUGAUAAACCUGUAUGUACUUUUUUGGAAAAGUCUUCUUCCCUUUCAAUUGAAGAAAAAAAAAAUUAUAUAUAUAUAUAGUGUUGUUUUACAGUAUGGGUGCAAUGUCAAAGGUUUAAGCAAAAUGGACUUUUCUCACCAUGGCUGUGCGCCAAUGCAAUUGGUAAACCGCCUGUAAAUAUUUUUUAACAGUAGAACUAGUAAAAAUAAGAACUUUAUAAAAAACGACACUUAACUUACUUCCUCCAAAUGAGAUACCUAAAUCAUUGAGGAGGAAGAUAAGGUAUUAGUGUGCAAUGUUUACUUACUAUUGACUUUGGGCUUGUCUACAUGGGGGAUAAUGGGCUCCAUAGUACACUUCAGAAAUCACAUCCCUUAUGUGCUGUGCAUUAGUUGGUCUGUGUAGACAUUACUGGUGCUCUUUAAUGCAGUGCUGUUUCAAACAGUGCUACAUUAAACCAUACUAGUGAACCUUUACCAUGCACCAGCAGGGUCUACAUGGAGACAUUGAUUUCUAAAGCACAUUAACAUGGGCAUAUCUCACACACCCCCAUAGCUCACAUUACCUUGAGGUGUAGACAACCCUUUAAAUAUGUCAGUUCUCUAAAGCUUUGAUACAAAUAUUUUUGAACCAAUAGUGAAUUUAUAGAUUUUUCCAAAAGAAAAAAGGGUGUGUGAAGAUUUGGCUAUAUUGGCCUAUUAAUAAUUUUUACCACUUUAAUUAAAUGCAUGACAGCCAUUACAUUUCAAACUUUUUAAAUAAACAUCUGUUUAAUUGAAUAAUCCUUGUAUUUUAUUUUGUAACUCCAAAUACUAAAUCAGGAAAUUUAUAAGUGGUAUCAUGUUUGCUAUAAGGAUAAAAUGGCUGGAAGCUGCAAAUUGAGAACAAUAGCGCCAUCUAAGGGCUUUUUACAUUAUUGUAGCUUUGCCAGUUCAGAAAAUUGCUUUAAAUUUCAGUCCCUUGAUAAAUUUAAAUUAACUAAUCUGUUUUGCAAAAAAAUCUCCUUUACUGUUAGACAAUAUCUGUGCCCACAAAAGUUUUCACAGAAAGUCUAAAAUCCCUAUUGAUUACAAAGAUGUAAUUCAGCAGAAAGGGGAAAUAAAAAGGGGAAAUUCCUGUGAAAAUCCUAAAUUACAGUUGCAAUUAAUAUGAAAGAUUAUGCUAUCUUGAAAUUCAAUUAGGGACUAUGAUGCAUUAAUAUGAUAUAGAGUGGUUUUCCUAAGCUCCAGGCUGUUAGUGUUUUGUUAAAUUAUCCACAGUGAAAGUAGCAUCUUUGUGACAGAAUACGUUUUUCUGUGAUUUUUAUAUAUAAUGAAUAUAGUACAAAAAAAUUUUUACAUUCUGGAAGUCCAAAUUUGUCUCCAACAUUAUGGUACCAGUAUAAAUUAAAUUUGUAUUUAAUCAAUAAAUUUUUAUAUGCAUGUCUGAGUCACA